GAGGGUACGCUAUACGGUCUACCCACAAUCAAGGAUAUACAUCCACUAAGUAAAAAGGGUAAGUCCAAGGUCCUAUCGUACCAAACACGAGCAAUAAUAUCCGGUACUACGCAGGUUUCCUCCUAUCCCAGGCCAUACAGAAACCUAGAUCAUCAUCGUCAUCAUCACCAUCAUGAGUGCAGGAAAAUACUUCGAGAAAGCCACAUCUGACGCCCUUCCCGCGUAUGGAGGCGCCUCUGAGGUUCAAUCCGGCCCCAUUGCCGGAGCCUCCAUCGAUCUGCACCGCAAACUCGCAAACCGUCAGAUCCAAUUAAUCGCCAUCGGGGGGUCGAUUGGUACAGCUGUUUUUGUGAGUAUUGGCGGUGCCCUGGCAAAGGGAGGCCCCGGGAGUCUCUUCAUAGCCUACACGGUCUACUCGUGUGUCCUGGCGCUUCUGAACAACUGUAUCGCGGAGAUGUCGACCUACAUGCCCGUUAGUGGGGGGUUCAUCCGUCUGGCGGGGAAAUGGGUUGACGACGCGCUCGGGUUUACAGCUGGCUGGAACUUUUUCUUCUACGAGGCGAUCUUGAUUCCGUUCGAGAUUACUGCUGUCUCGCUGGUGCUGUCAUUCUGGAGGGACGAUAUCCCCGUGGCUGCCGUUUGCGCUGCCUGUAUUGUUCUCUACGCCGCUUGCAAUAUUCUAGCGGUGCGUGCCUACGGGGAAGCCGAAUUUUGGCUCUCGGGCGGGAAAAUUCUUCUAAUUUUGAUGUUGUUCAUGUUCACCUUCGUGACCAUGGUGGGCGGAAACCCACAACACGACGCUUACGGAUUCCGGUACUGGAGCAGCAGCCCCGGGGCCUUUGCCGAAUAUCUGAGCACCAGUGCGCUUGGUCGAUUCGAGGGAUUUCUUGCCUGUGUCUGGUCUGCGGCCUUUGCCUGUGUCGGACCCGAAUACAUUUCCAUGGUUGCCGCGGAAGCCAAACACCCCCGCAAGUAUAUCAAGAACGCAUUCAAAACGGUCUACUGGCGCUUUGGUGCAUUCUUCAUCGGCAGCGCACUUUGCUGCGGUAUCGUGGUGGCAUCCAACGACAAAACCCUCGUCGAGAUUCAGAUCAAUAACGGCGGCGGUUCUGGUUCUGCCUCGGGCUCCCCAUAUGUUAUCGCCAUGGGGAACAUGGGAAUUGAAGGCCUGCCGCAUCUCGUCAACGCCCUCCUGAUCACCUCCAUCUUCUCUGCUGGAAACACCUACACCUACACCGCAACCCGAAUUCUGCACAGUCUCGCGCUGGAAGGCCGCGCCCCACGCCUCCUCUGCAAAUGCACCAAGAGCGGCGUCCCGAUCUACUGCUUCUGCGUCGUGAUCAUCUUCCCCUUCCUCUCCUUCCUGCAGGUCUCCAAUAGCUCCUCGCAGGUCCUCACCUGGAUGAUCAAUCUGGUCACCGCCGCCGGAAUCAUCAACUACAUUAUCAUGGCGAUCACGUAUCUCUGCUUCUACCGCGCCUGCAACGCCCAGCGCUUCGACCGGAACCAGCUCCCCUAUAAAGGCUGGUUCCAGCCAUACAGCGCCUACAUUGGUCUUGCGUGGAUGGUCUGCGUGGUGCUUUGCUACGGAUACUCGGCGUUCAAGCCGUGGAGGGUCGAUUCAUUCUUCACCUAUUAUACCAUGGUGAUUGUGGCGCCCGUUCUCUUUGUCGGGUGGAAGCUUCUCAAGCGUACGAAAUGGCGCAGUCCCUACGAGGUGGAUUUGAUCUGGCAGGCGCCGGAGAUCACAGCCUACGAGGAGGAACUGAGUGUCCAUGAGCCACCAGUGGGAUUCUGGCAGGAGAUGCUGGGUUCGUUGAGGCGCAGACCGUGAGGUUUCUGUUGUUGUAGAUGUAGCGGUUGAGCGCUGCACUGUCUGUCUGUCAUUAGAAUCUGUAUAUAAGUUCAGAGAUACGAGCGUAAAAACCUGCCCCAAAAAAAAUAUAGAUUAA